GUUUGCAGGAACGCUGUUAUACCUGAGGGCAAGAGGUAGAACAACCUGCGUACAAGCCAGCCAGAAGCAAGUUGAAGACGAAGGAAGGGGGGCCCCUCGUUGCCCCCCUGGAGACGGACGACCUUGGUGUGAAAGCCAAGCCUUCUUUAGCUUAGCCUGGUCGGUUGGUUGCCGCCAGUGAAGCAAGUAACAGACGGGCUGGAGAGACGCUAAGAGAGGUGGUCGUAGUCUGAUUUUCGGUAUGAAAACAUUGUCCUUAAGUGGAAGUGCUAGUUUGUAGCCUCGAAGUCUGAACGGUGAAGUUGUAACAUAUGUCAGUGAGAAGGAAAAGAGACAGGAAAACAAACCCUUCGCAUGGUGUUCCAAAUAAUUUAAUCGUCGUUUCGCAGACUGACAUGGGAGGAAUAUGACGAUGUUGUGAAAUACUUCGUUAUGUACAUAUUCUGUGUCCUGAAGAGUUUCACGUAAUAUAAUUUUUUUUUCAACUAAGUUCAAACCGUUGUCAUUCACAUUAAAACUCAAUUUAUGGUACUAGAGAUCCUCAAGGAGGUUAGGCAGUACCAACACACAAAAGUGCCAACAAAACUAGUAUUUCCUGAACAUAUGUGAGUUACCCUGUAACGUUGUUAAGUGCGCUUGCCCUACCUCCACAUUCGUAAGGAGGUUGUGGUUGUGAACGACAUGGGAAGAAGUUAUAGCGGUGAGAAGACGUAGGAUCAGCUCUGUUGUGUCAUGGCGUCUCUGACUGAUUGUGGUGUAGGGGUCAAGGUCGUGUUUUUGUUGAUGAUGCAGGGAGUGUUGGCCCAGGAGGCUAUCUGUUACUCCGCGGGCAGCGUCGCAGGUGCCGUAGUUGGUACCUUGCUGGUCACCUUAGCAUUAGUAGGACUCGCUUACCUGGUCUGGCGCGUGUACUGGAGGGUCCGAAGAGGGAAACAUCUGGUGCUGGUGACUGACCCAGAGGGAGCUGCAGAUCAGUACGCCUUUGAUAAUCCGUGUUUCAAAGAUGGCACUCCGAUUGGGCGCACAACAGUGGAGAAAGAACAAACGAAGUUGGACCAGAAGGCUCGCUGGUCGCCAUGGAACGCUCUGGUUGGGAACCGCACAGCAGACAAAAGGAGAGCCCUGGAUGACUCCUUUGUUGGCGAGCCACAAGUGAAUAUAGUUGCACUCAGGAGUCAUGACUUUACUGGUCUGGGGUUCAAUAUCUGUGGCAAUAUGCGAGAUGGCAUAUUUGUUAAGGAUGUAUUACACCGAGGCCCAGCAUCUGAAUCUGGUCGUAUUGCUCCAGGUGACCGGAUUGACAGCAUUCGCAUCAGUUUUCGUCACAUGGUGUUUGAGGAUGCAUUAACCAUUCUAAGCUACUCCUCACCAUAUGACGUACAAUUAGAGGUAGAGAAUGCUUCUACCUCACACCCCAACACCCUGAUUCGCACAAAGAAAACAUCUGGUUCAGGCAUUGCACCAGCAGACAGAAUUUGUCACCCAUUCUACCGCAGUCAAUCAAUUGCAGACCUUGCUCAGAUUGGCAAAGCAAGCUUGAAGAGGAUGCAGCAGAUGGGCAGAAUUAACAAGUCACCCCAUAUUGAGUCACAGCCGGAUGAGAGUGGGGAUUAUCAAACUGCCAAGCUGUCUUCAACACCUACUGGAAAUGAAACAAGGAAAGAUAACACAAAACUGGAGAAAACAGCAUCUAUACCUGGUCUAGCUAUUGUUAAGCCUUCUAAAGCAAGAAGAGCCCAAUAUAAGGGUCUUGCUUCUCCACCAAAUGGUCUUGAAAUUCAGGAGUCUCAAAGUCAUGAAGGAUCUACUAAGGACACACUCAGCAAAUUCCAGAAGUUUGGUGUGCGUGUACUUCCAGACUCAAAUGCAAGUCACAGCAGCUCACACACUAGCCAUAAAGAGGCAAAACAGAGUUCAAGUGGAGAGUAUCCUCCUGGACAGGGAACCAAGACACAAGAAAUUGAACCAGAACACAGACAAAAUGAACACAAUUCCAUCAUUGAAAAAGUUGUUGAAGGCGCCACAACUCAGGUUCCAGUCAAUAACGAACAUUCUGGCCAGAGGAGCCCAGUUCCCAUAUCCACCUCAGUGACUGACGGUGCAGGAGGGAAGUCAAAGCCAGACUUCUGCUAUGAUGAACGAGGAAUAGAUGUUGGACCCAUUGGUCCACAGAAAAGUUAUCCUAAACAGAGUUUUACAGGACAUCAGCCUGAAGAAGGAAAGCAGAGUGGUGACACACAUGGGGAAAGCAAUGUCAAGAAUCUGUUGACAAAGGGAUUCCAAAAUCUCAAGGACAAGAUGCAUCAUGUUGAGAAAAAGAAAAAUGGUGGCCAGAUAUCUGGUAGCAUUGAACAAGAGGUGCAUGACUUAACAGGACAACCAGCUUCACCACAUCUACCAAAAGUAGCUGAGAUUGGACUUUCUAGAAAGAAUGGAACAUCUCAACAACAGGAGGGUAAGCAAGAUGAACAGGAAGGUGAAAUACCCACAGAGAUUCCUGAAGAAGUAUGCAGAGCAGCCAUGGCUGCCCUCAGCAACAGGAAGUCUGUAAGCAAUGCAGUAAUGGAGACUCAAGUUGGAGAAAGGAAAAGAACUGUCCUACAGGAUGGUCUUAGUGGAGACAGCUCCAGUGAAAGUGAUGAUGCCACUACUCCUGGCAACAUGGACAGUGAUAGUCUGGGGAGGACACCUAAGAAAUCAAAUAAGAGAAAAGCUCCUCCCCCUCCACCAGAAGAAAAUGAAGAGAAAUUAAUAUCAGGCGGUCAAAGCCCAUACCUUGGGUCUGACAAGGUCACUGAAGAAGAAAAUCCUAGCUCUUUUCCAGAGAAUCAAAAACUGAAAGAUGGUACAUCACAACAUUACAGUAAAACACACACAGAUGCUGAAAAUGUGCAGAUGACUGAGAGUAUAAUGGCUUUGCCUCUUACAGGAAAAAGCACCUCAUUUGCUGACAUGGUAAGGCCACUCAAUAACAUCGAUGUAAAGCAAAGAGAAAUAACAAACAUCACAGUUGAUGGCAAUUCAAAUACGCCUUUAAGGGGAGAUAUUAUAGCAUAUGGUGCUUCGGUUUCAGAGAACCAAAGCACUGGUGGAUUACCUGGAAGGGAUGAAAAUGUGAUACAAGAUCCUGUGCCUCUACAACAGCACCUGGACUAUGAUGAAGGUGUGAAUGUCAGUAGCAUUAACUCUGACUCUGACUCAGAUAUGGAGCAACUGGAGGGAAAUUCUGAAAGUUAUGAAGGUACAGUGAAGGACAAGAAGGCAAAGAAGGGGGGCACAACGAUAGAACUCAACUCCUCUCAUAUCACUAUUCACCACAGCCCAUCAUCAGACACUGUACAAUUGGAGAAUGAGAAUACUCGCAAAGCAGCAUCACUAGGUGAUCUUUCACGCCUUGAUUCUGAACAACCCAUGAGCAUCUUGGAACGGGCUGUGUCAUUGGAUCUUGCAGAUGGUGGUACACCACAUGGUAGUAAAAAACGGAAAGCUCCACUUCCACCACCUGGUGAGGAUUACCUUGGUGGUGUGCCAGAUGGAGAUGAUGGCAUUGCACAUAGAAAGGAACCUCGCCUGGAUACUGCCAUGGAUACAUUCCAGAGGCGUCGGCUCAAAAAGUCUUCUGACUGGGGUACACUGGAGGAGGCACUAAUGCAGACAGGUAACAAGGCUGUAGACCUUCAAACUUCCAAGAGCACUGAGCCUACAGAAAGAGAAGAAUUACAUCUGCAAAGCGCAGUAACUGUGCUCAGGUCGACGCCAGUUGAACAGUUUCCAAAAUCCAUUGAGAAGAAAGAAGUUGAUGCAGGAACUGCAGUAGCUACUUUUACAAAUUCUCACCCAGGGAUAACCAGAACAGAUAUUCUCGGUGCAGAUGAGGUGGGUUACUCAUCUGUCUUGGAAUAUGGAAGCAGUGGAACAGAGAGCAUGGAGCAAAUGGAGAGUGAAACACCACAACACCAACAGAAAACUGUUUUGCGUAUCACCCCUGAACCAGUCAGUGAACCAGACUUCAACCUUACUGCAUCUCAAGUUAACAUUGCUUCAGGUACAUUCAGUAUGACACCAACAUAUAAUGAUACCAGCAAUGUCUCUGGGGAAGUAGAAACCAUGCCAAGGCUUCAAGCAGAUGCUGCACAUGCAUUUAACACAAAAGUGGCAGGGCUGUCAUCACCACGGCAAUCUGGCAGCAGUUCUAUUGUAGGACUUGUUAGUUCAACACCAAUCUCUCAUGGUGGAGAUACAUAUAAUAUGACAACAGCAUAUAAUGGUGCUGAAUCUGUGCAGUCACCUAUUAUUACCUCCAGUCAUGCUGGCAUUAGCAGUGUUCAUGUGGUCAGUUCAACAACACCUGAUAUCAGUAAUUCAAAUUCCAUUUUUGCUUCCUCUAUCACAGAUCCAUUCACAACGGCAGUUGAUUCCACAACAGCUGUAUUAGCUGGUGAGAUAUCCAAGGAUGAUGAUAGUGAAGAUCCUACAUGGGGACAAGACGCACAGCCUCCAGAGCUACCAACAUCCCCAGUUCCAGUUCUCAGUCAGCUGUCAUCAUAUAAACCCUCCCCAUCCAUGACUUACAUAACAGAAAUCCAGGUGGUUACCACUGCAGACAGCAGCACCAAAGAUUUGACAGCAGAAUCAAGCCCUGAGGAGCAGCAUACAACACCUGAAGAAAUCUCUAGCAGCACCGUGACACAGAGAAUACACAAGUACAGAUCUGACUCGAGUCUGUCAACAGACUCUUUCACAAGUGAAGGUGAUGACAAAGAACCAGAUACUGCUCACAGUGUCACUACACAAGGUAGCACACCUCAGAAGGGCAAAGUUACGGUCACAUCCAUCCGCAACACAGUUUCCAGAAUACCCAUGAGGAUCACAACAGACAGAAUGCAGCCUGUCAAUAUUGCCAGCAAUAAUUCAAAUCACGUUUCAAGUCUGGAAGACAGGAGAGUCAAGCCUGCAAGGCCACCGGUUCCUCCUAGAAAGUCAGAUAGCACAACUACAUGUGCAGUUUCUGCAGAGGGUGGUGGAAGUGGAAGGAUGCUCAGUCACAUCCAGCAACUUCCUGUAGACAGUAUCCACAUGGGGCCCACAGCUGGCAGCAGCAGUGGUAAGUUCAUCAGUUUCUCAUCACUGACUCCUCAAGUUACAGCAUCCAUUGAAAGUAAUGCUACCAGGAACAGCACAAGUUUUGAGCAGUGGGUUUUCCUUGAUGAAGGCAGUACACAUAAUGGACUGAAAGAAAGAAAAAAUGCAGACGAUUGUUCUAGUGCAUCUCACUCAACGGUAGUCUCACUUCCUGCUCGAACACAGUCUGUUACACACAUUGUACUGGAUAGUAAACAGUCCAAUGGAAGCCAUGGAAAGCCAUGAAGAUGAAAUGGAAAAGUUCUUGUACAUAUAGAUGAACAGCAAUGAAUGUAAUCUGUUGCUGUUGUCAGUCAAGAAUAAACACAAUUGACAUACAACAGUCUAAUAUUCACGGGGGGGGGGAUGUUUUAAGUUCAUUAGUGCCAAUUGGAGGGUGGGUGGUUUAUCCAUUUGUCUUGAUACACCAGUACUCAGCAGAACUGCAUGGUCAGUCACCUAGCCCCAGAUAAAUUGUGUUUCAUAUUUGAUCAAAAUUAAGAAGAUACUCUAUAAAGUGAGUUCUACUGUUGUCCGAGACAGUGUGGUGUGAAGGUUGCCCAUAACAGCAAUUUUAGCUGUUUACAUCUUAUACUAAUACCGGGGGAUAACUUUAAGUCAUUAUUCACAUAUUUACAUAUGAUUGUGCAUCUAUAAAGUUUCAGAAUUAUAAUCAAAUAACUUUAUAGCAAAUUUCAAGGGACCAGAUCAAAACUCUAUGUAUGUUUUAAUUCUGUGUUUAUUUAAUUUUCUACUACUUUACUCUGGUGCGAAAAUAGCUGUGACUCACAAUAGUGUGAUGAUCAGAUUGAGAAUUUAUUUGAUCCAGAAAUGUGCAGUGAUGAUCUGUUAUGAAUAUUGUCCAUUCAUUUGCUCUAAGUGUAUUAUCACAGUAAACCCUCACCAAAUUCAGUGCCAUCAUUUACUGUCUUAAUUGUGGCUGUCUCAAGAAUGCAACAGUAUUAGGACACAUAUGGUAUAUUAUUACAUUGAAAGUCCGCUAGUUUGGCAGUUUAUGGAAUCCAAAAAAAUGUCAGCAUGUUUUGCAUAGGGCUAUAUUUUACAUGUUCACAAGAAACUGAAGAAAUGUAUUUUAAUUUCCUUCUUCUGACCAUUUUGGAGAGUGACAGAAACAAGCCAGAACUCACUAUAACUUUUGUUGCUGACUUUAAUAAUUACAACGUUUCCGUUGUAACAGGUACUAUAAGUUUUUUGGAAGAUGGAGGAUGAUAUACAUAACUGAUUCACAGUUAGAUGAAUUAAAAACUUGGUUGGAACCUUGUCCCUUUGAAAUGUUUCCUGUAAAUACCCUCAUGCCAUCUUUAAAUGAAGCAAUUUUUAAAUAAUAUUCAGCAACAACAACAACAAAAGAUAAACUAAAGUCAGUAAAAAAUGUGAUUUCUUCUAACCCUAAAUUGUUAUUUUUAUUUUGUACAUGCAACAGCUGGUUAGAUUAUUUUAACAUGGUGAUGGUGGGAUCUUUUAUUAUAGUGAUAAGACAAUUCAGAAAUAAGCGUCAUCUUGUAUUUGUCCACUAUAUGGCAGCAGGUGCAUGUGAUGUUAUGUAAGAUGAUAUUUCCUGAACAUGAUAAUUUGAGGCUCCCAUAAUGUGAAUAAAGAAGUUUGGGCUCCCUCCCCCUCAAUUAAUAAACAUUUUUUGAAACAUGAUUAAGUGAACUAAAAACAACUACUAGUGGACAUAAUGACGCAUAUACAGUACUUUUUCUGUUAUCUUGUAUGUUUUCUAAUUUAAUGUUGCCUUUUGGGUUUGAAAUCAGUUUAAUGUCUUUGUUAAUGGCCUUCUUUUAGUAGUGCGUGGAAAAGUUUCACGACCCUUGUCUGACCACAGCUGCCACUUUUUGAAUGGGACUGCCAACAGAACAAGGCAUUAUAUAUAUUAAUAUUUAUUGUCCCCAAGUACCCACUGCAGUACUGUAGACAAAGUGCUCAGUGAUGGCAUGCCAGAAUGAUUCCACCACUCCACACCUUAUAUGCAUUUGUGACACAUUAAACUUUCAGACAUCAUAGCCCUUAUCUUUUGUGUGGGUGGCAGAAGACACACAUUGAGUUAUCUCAUGGCUAUCACUGAAAUGUAAGCUAUAUUUGAAGUGUGUGCAAGGGGUCUGACACAGAGGAUUGAUUUACAAGACAGCCAAUUGAUAAUUGGGUAUGGAUGAUAACAAGGAGGUAAAGGAGAACAGAUAUGCUGUUGCCUUACAUCUCGGACUAUUUAUAUUUACAAAAUACAGAAACAGUAUUAUUUCCAUACGUAGGGCUCAUUCAUUUUUUUCAUAAUUGAAUUGUGGUCGAUGCAUUAUGUAAUGCAGACUUCAUACCAAGAUUUAUAUGCUUGUACUUGUAUUUUAGUGACGGGUCUUUAGAGACAAAAUCAGAAGGCUCAUGUAAGCUGUGCAUCAGGGUUGUCCACUUCCUGGCAGACUAUCUGGCUUGAGAAUUCUACUGAGUGUUUUCUUGCUGUUUCUACAGCAGUUCUUCAAAUGUAAGUGGAUGAGACAGAAUCUCACCAGAAUUUGGACACCCAUGAUGAAGGAACUUGCCCUCUAGUACAUGAUAUGUGUUCGUUUUUUGCCCUAAUCAUAGAGGUGGUACAUAAUUUGAAAAAAUAGAAUCUGUAAAGGAGUACUGGUGGCAUUUAGAACAGUUUCACAAACAUGUAUAUACUGUGGUCCUUAGGGUCAUGACACCAUGCAGUAUAGUAUGAGGGUACCAAAGUUUUGGAGGAUCACAUUGUCUACAUUUUCAGGGAAGAUGUAAGUAAAGUCGCGAAAGUGGUAGGUUGUAUAAGUAUUGAAGUAAAGAGAAAGGAAACAAGUCAUGGAUGAUAGAAAUAUCUGGAUUACUUUGGACAAGGUGUGACCUAAUGGCCAUGGUUUGGAACAAAGAGACCGUUAUAUCUGAAACCAGUAUGCCCUCUGCAAAGAAAAGUUGCUUAAGCAGUAACAUUUUUGAGGUGUUAAGUUGAAAUAUCAAUGGGACACUGUCCUGGCAAGGUUGUUCAUAUUUUCCUCAGCCUCCCCCCAGGUAAAUAUCAGGAUAGUACAUCAAAUUUGGCCACAACCAUUUCUUUUCCAAUAAUUAUUUACUAAGCAUCCUAACAUUCAACACUUUAUACUCUGAGCUACUGAUACACUUAACUAUAUAAACCACAAAUAUAAGUAGGCAAACAUCCAACAGAAGGUGGAAACUACUCUUAUGCCCUACAGAGCAAGUUGGCUCAAGCUGUAAUUACUAUGUAUUUUUUAGCCUGUCUUUCACAACAACUCACCUAUAAAUAAACAACUGAAGGGGGCAAAUUUAUUGAUGAAAUCAGUUUUUUAUUUACAAAGAAUACAAACUACAUGUUUCAGUCAUAGGUGACCAUCAUCAGGUGUUUAAACUAUUAAAAUAUGUGUUAACGUACUGUCGUAUCCCGAGCUGAAGGUCUUGGGCCCUUGAACAGGCAGCUGGAAUACUCGCCUACAGAUGAGCCGAGCGGAUGCUGAUCUGCUCAGGUUGCUGCGGAGCGCUGGGUAAGGCAUCGCUAAAGGGUGAUUUUGCUCAAAGAACAAUUAUCGGUGGUUGGUGGAUAAAGACUGUUUAUUUAAAGAACCAUGAAUACAAUCUCAUUUGCCGAGACUGCGGAACACCCAAGGCAAGCGAUCUGUAUAGCAGCGUUUUCUCUGGAUAAGUGUAAAGAUGAAGAGUCCCCCUUCCACUUAGUUUGCGGGAAUAUAUAUAUAGGCUUCUACAUUGAAGGCCCCCCCCCUAAAAUGUCAUAGGUAGGUAGAUAGCGUCCUUACGUGUUCUUUGUCUUGGCUUUACACGUCUGUGUUCCAGUACCAGAAACACCUGGAAUAGAUUAAGCGUCAUAGAUGGCUAGAUUAAGCGUCAUCUCUGGUCUGUGUCACUCACUCCCUAUUAGGGUCGUCAUACAUACACGACUUCCUUUGGCUCCCCCUCAGAUAAACACAUAAACAUCCUUAACUAAUUACUCUGACAGUGGGUUGGUUUUUUAAUAUGUGGCUCACAACCCACGGAUAGGACAGUACAAUGACUGCCGCUGUGGUCUAGUGGUCAGAGUUCUUGACUGCAGAACCAGAGGUCCAGAUUUGUUUCUUGGCGCUACCAGAUUUUCUGAGAAGUAGUGGAUUUUGAACA